AGCUCAAACGUCUCUACGUUUUGGAGUGCGAGCAUGGAUGCAGUACAGUGUUGGCUCAAACGUCAUUGUCAUUGUUCUUGAAAAUUCAAGAAAACAAAACGUCGAAGGACCAAAGGUGGACCAGAGACGGCAAGAGGAGGGAGGAGAGCUAGAGAGGGAGGGUUAGAGAGAGGAUGUACCAGUGUUAGCUUAACCUGUACGCGUACAAGAAGGAAUUAAAAAAGCCAGCUUUCGCGAAGAAACUGUUACGCUCUGGCACUCUGCCCCCUUUUUAUUUUCCUGUGAAUCUCGGGUUCGAAAUGUAGAGGGAGAAAUGGGACAGUCUGGAUCAAAUCUCGUUGUCGAUUCCAACAACACAGGCAGGGAAUCUGGUUUUCAAUCGCCACCAAUCCCUAAUACUGAGCUCGAUCGUGCACCGUCUAAUCCCGAUCGCCCAGCAGAUGAGCGUACACUGGUCAUCGAGGAAAAUCUUCAGCACCUGGAUUUCAAAGAGGUAUCAGAACCGGUUCUGAAGCAAGAGGAUGAGAAAGCUGGGAACUGGGAUUUGAAAGAGGCCGACGAAGUGCUGGAAGGUGAGAAAGAGAAUGGGCCUUCGAAUUGGGAAGAAGGGAUGGGCGGUGGAAGCGAAUACAACGGUUGGGGUGAUUAUACUAACCCUCAAGUCCCCUGGAUCGUAACAGAUGAUAAUGGGAAUGAGAAUGAAACUGUGACUGAGGACGGGGUUGAGAGAAAUGGUGCUGCUUUCACCGAAAUCCAUCAGUAUGGGAGCCUCAAAACUCCGGCGAAUGGGUUUGGACCCAAUUGUAAGUUUAGUCGCCGCGCGAGAAGGAAAAAUAAGGCCGUUAUGGAGAAGGUGAAGGAAAAGGAAGAAUCCAUGGUGAUGCCAGGCCAAACAGAAUGCAAGGGUUCUAAAUGUAGAGGGAGGAUGGGACUAUCUGGAUUAAAACUAAUUGCGGAUUCCGGCUGGGAAUCAGGUUUUCAAUCGCCUCCAAUCCCUAGUCCUGAGCUCGAUCGUGCACUGUCUAAUUCCGAUCACCCAGUAGAUGAGCACACAUUGGUCAUCCAAGAAAAGCUUCAGUACCUGGAUUUCAAAGAGGUAUCUGAACCGAUUCUGAAGCAAGAGGAUGAGAAAGCGAGGAACUGGGAUUUGAAAGAUGCCGAAGAAGUGUUGGAGGGUGAGAAAGAGAAUGGGCCUUCGAAUUGGGAAGAAGAGAUGGGUGGUGGGAGCGAAUGCGAUGGUUGGGAUGAUAAUACAAACCUUCAAGUCCCUUGGAUCGUAACAGAUGAUAAUGAGAAUGAGAAUGAAAAUGAAACUGUGAUUGAGGACGGGGGUGAGAGAAAUGGUGCUGCUUUCACCGAAAUCCAUCAGUAUGGGAGCCUCAAAACUCCGGCGAAUAGGUUUGGAUCCAAUUGUAAGUUUAGUCGCCGCCCGAGAAGGAAAAAAAAGGCUGUUAUGGAGAAGGUGAAGAAAAAGGAAGAAUCCAUGGCGAUGCCAGGCCAAACAGAAAGCAAGGUUGUUAAGGAGAAGGUGAAGGAACCAGGCAAAUCCACGGAGAGGCCAGUCCAGACAGAAUGCAAGGUUGUUAAGGAGAAGGUGAAGAAACUAGGCAAAUCCACAGAGAGGCCUGGCCAAACAGAAUGCAAGGUUGUUAAGGAGAAGGUGAAGGAACCAGGCAAAUCCACAGAGAGGCCUGGCCAGACGGGAUGCAAGGUUGUUAAGGAGAAGGUGAAGGAACCAGGCAAAUCCACAGAGAGGCCAGGCCAGACUGGAUGCAAGGUUGUUAAGGAGAAGGUGAAGGAACCAGGCAAAUCCACAGAGAGGCCAGGCCAGACAGAAUGCAAGGUUGUUGAGGAGAAGGUGAAGGAACCGGGCGAAUCCACAGAGAGGCCAGGCCAGACAGAAUGCAAGAGUUACUUGACAUCAGGGGUGUGCAAAUACGGAAGAGCUUGUAGAUACAAACACACAAGGAGCAAAGCUUCAGGAACUACAGUUCUAGAGCCUAACUCUCUGGACUUGCCAAUGAGACCAACUAUUGUCUUUGGGCGGUUCAAUCCUGUUGUUUUGAAGGUUGUUGAGGAGAAGGUGAAGGAACCAAGCGAAUCCAUAGAGAGGCCAGGCCAGGCAGAAUGCAAGGCUGUUAUGGAGAAGGUGAAGGAAAAGGAAGAAUCCAUGGCGUUGCCAGGCCAAACAGAAUGCAAGGAUUCUAAAUGUAGAGGGAGGAUGGGACUGUCUGGAUUAAAACUCAUUGCCAAUUCCAACAACACGGGCUGGGAAUCAGGUUUUCAAUCGCCUCCAAUCCCUAGUCAUGAGCUCGAUCGUGCACUGUCUGAUCCCGAUCACCCAGCAGAUGAGCACACACUGGUCAUCCAGGAAAAGCUUCAGCACCUGGAUUUCGAAGAGGUAUCAGAACUGGUUCUGAAGCUAGAGAAAGAGAAUGGGCCUUCGAAUUGGGAAGAAGAGAUGGGGGGUGGGAGCGAAUGCAACGGUUGGGAUGAUAAUACAAACCUUCAAGUCCCCUGGAUCGUAACAGAUGAUAAUUGGAAUGAGAAUGAAACUGUGAUUGUGGACAGGGGUGAGAGAAAUGGUGGUGCUUUCACCGAAAGCCAUCAGUAUCGGAGCCUCGAGACUGGGGCGAGUAGGUUUGGAUCCAAUAAGUUUAAUAGCUCCUUGAGAAGGAAAAACAAGGUUGUUAUGAUGGAGAAGGUGAAGAAAAAGGAAGAAUCCAUGACGAUGCCAGGCCAAACAGAAUGCAAGGUUGUUAAGGAGAAGGUCAAGGAACCAGGCAAAUCCACAGAGAGGGCAGGCCAGACAGAAUGCAAGGUUGUUAAGGAGAAGGUGAAGAAACCAGGCAAAUCCACAGAGAGGCCUGGCCAGACAGAAUGCAAGGUUGUUAAGGAGAAGGUGAAGAAACCAGGCAAAUCCACAGAGAGGCCUGGCCAGACAGAAUGCAAGGUUGUUAAGGAGAAGGUGAAGGGACCAGGCAAAUCCACAGAGAGGCCAGGCCAGACAGAAUGCAAGGUUGUUAAGGAGAAGGUGAAGAAACCAGGCAAAUCCACAGAGAGGCCUGGCCAGACAGAAUGCAAGGUUGUUGAGGAGAAGGUGAAGGAACCAGGGGAAUCCAUAGAGAGGCCAGGCCAGGCAGAAUGCAAGGCUGUUAUGGAGAAGGUGAAGGAAAAGGAAGAAUCCAUGGCGUUGCCAGGCCAAACAGAAUGCAAGGAUUCUAAAUGUAGAGGGAGGAUGGGACUGUCUGGAUUAAAACUCAUUGCCAAUUCCAACAACACGGGCUGGGAAUCAGGUUUUCAAUCGCCUCCAAUCCCUAGUCAUGAGCUCGAUCGUGCACUGUCUGAUCCCGAUCACCCAGCAGAUGAGCACACACUGGUCAUCCAGGAAAAGCUUCAGCACCUGGAUUUCGAAGAGGUAUCAGAACUGGUUCUGAAGCUAGAGAAAGAGAAUGGGCCUUCAAAUUGGGAAGAAGAGAUGGGCGGUGGGAGCGAAUGCAACGGUUGGGAUGAUAAUACAAACCUUCAAGUCCCCUGGAUCGUAACAGAUGAUAAUUGGAAUGAGAAUGAAACUGUGAUUGUGGACAGGGGUGAGAGAAAUGGUGGUGCUUUCACCGAAAGCCAUCAGUAUCGGAGCCUCGAGACUGGGGCGAGUAGGUUUGGAUCCAAUAAGUUUAAUAGCUCCUUGAGAAGGAAAAACAAGGUUGUUAUGAUGGAGAAGGUCAAGAAAAAGGAAGAAUCCAUGGCGAUGCCAGGCCAAACAGAAUGCAAGGUUCUUUUUACUCCUAUCAUGGUUGUUAAGGAGAAGGUCAAGGAACCAGGCAAAUCCACAGAGAGGGCAGGCCAGACAGAAUGCAAGGUUGUUAAGGAGAAGGUGAAGAAACCAGGCAAAUCCACAGAGAGGCCUGGCCAGACAGAAUGCAAGGUUGUUAAGGAGAAGGUGAAGAAACCAGGCAAAUCCACAGAGAGGCCUGGCCAGACAGAAUGCAAGGUUGUUAAGGAGAAGGUGAAGAAACCAGGCAAAUCCACAGAGAGGCCUGGCCAGACAGAAUGCAAGGUUGUUAAGGAGAAGGUGAAGGGACCAGGCAAAUCCACAGAGAGGCCAGGCCAGACAGAAUGCAAGGUUGUUAAGGAGAAGGUGAAGAAACCAGGCAAAUCCACAGAGAGGCCUGGCCAGACAGAAUGCAAGAGUUACUUGACGUCAGGGGUGUGCAAGUACGGAAGAGCUUGUAAACACAAACACACAAAAGGCAAAGCUUCAGGAACCGCAGUUCUAGAGUUGAACUUUCUGGACUUGCCAAUUAGACCAGGAGCGAAAGAGUGCCCCUUCUACAUGUCUACUGGCUCCUGCAAGCAUGGAGCAAACUGCUGGUUUAAUCAUCCUGAUCCUUUGGCCGUGGAUCAGGAGGAUGAUGGUGGAUCUGCUGCAUCAGGUGCUUCUUCCCAAUCAUCAAUGCCAUCCUCGUCUCCACCUUGGACAUUGAAUGUAACUGCUCCCCUUGUACCAAUGGAGCUUUCACCUCCGCACGGUGUUCCUACUCCAAAUCCUUAUGGCUAUCAGGCUCCUGUAUAUAUUCCUGAAAUGAGUAUGCAUCCAACACUGGCUGAAGCCAACGUCUAUAUGUACCAUGAGGACCAGGUUCAAGUUGAUGAAUAUCCAGAACGACCUGGCCAACCUGAGUGCAGCCGUUUCAUAAAAACUGGGGCUUGUAAGUUUAAAUUGAAUUGCAGAUAUCACCACCCUAAGGAUAGGAUCGUGAAGUCACCCCCAUGUGCUUUCAGUGACACGGGUCUUCCUUUGAGACCUGAUCAUUAUAUUUGUGAACAAUAUAGUCGCUAUGGCAUUUGCAAGUUUGGGCAAGCUUGUAUAUUUGACCAUCCAGUACACCCAGGCUCAGGCUGGGAAUGAUCAGCAUCUUGGUGAUCUGUAACUAGAGAUGAGGCUGGGGUGGCUGGGGUGGCUGGGACUUGGAAGUGGAAAGCUGAAAUGAUGCCACUCUUCAGCAGCCUGUGUAAAUAUUUUUGCUCUAGAGGCCCUAGAAUUCUAGGAAUCACUGUUCCAAGGAUGUGUAACUUUAUACAUUAUAUACUAGACCCCGUGGUGGUGGGUUGUUUUGGGAGGGGGGGCUAAGGGCUUGGUUGGUUUGUUACUGAAAUGGCAAAAAAUGCCGUCAUGGCACUUCUAGUCUACCAAAACGCCAUUUUCUGACUGUUUCUCGUUUUUGUUUUUGUUUUUGUUUUUUUGUUUUUUUUUUUAUCAAAUUCUCAUUGUCUAUUUUUGGCUUUGCUGUUGUUUUGCAAUACAAGGUCCCUCACUGUAUAUUGCA